CGUCGAAGGAAGGUCACCCAACACACAACGGCACUAUGGUGAUCAAUCCAACCUACCUUGCGCAGCGGACGCGCCAAUGUAUGCUCCUAUCCUCUUCCGUCCCAAUGGCUUAUGCUGACCGUGUAAAUACAGCUAUCAGCCUCAACGAUGCUAAACGGAGAGUUCUGAGAAGCUACCGAGAAUGGAUCCGUGCUGUAUGUCCUCCGGGUUACGACUGAUAAGACCACUGCGACUACUGCUAUGCUGGAUUGGAAUGGGGGAACAAAUUGUGCUAAUGGUUUGUGUUUGGCAGGCUCCGGAAAUCCAAACGAUGUACUCGCUCAGUAUACCAGUUGCGCAAUUGCGGACAAAAAUGAGGCAGGAAUUUGAGCGGCAUCGCUACGUAAACCGGACAGAUUUGAUAGACGUAUUGUUGUUUAAGAGUCACUCGGAAUUUCAGGUUCGUGGGUAUUUUCUUUCCAUGUCGAGCACGUCAGAAGGUGGGCUCUGGAUAAAGGGAUUGGCGACACUUUCCGAAUCAGCAUUUAGAAACUCUCUGGGAAUAAAUCUUCCCAGAAUUCUUUUGGGUCGACUUGAGGGGUCCUCAAGACGACAAUACUUACGGCAUGCGAAAUAUCUCGAAGGCCCAGAUCACCUGCGUCUAUUGUUCAGAGAGCUCGCUCUUGGAAACAAACAAACCUUAAACCGUUUGCCCAUUGACAUUGCUUGUUGGCAAUUUUUUUGCUGUGAUUGAUCUUCAUGAAUUGGAGUUGAAAUGUUGCUUUAUACAAUUCUUGCUAACCAAUUACCAUAGGAAACUUUGAACUACUGGAAGCAACUUCCUCACAUUCUCAAGUACUUCAGAGCGGACGAAGACCCAGCUGCAAGACUUCCACAAAAUUUCAUUUCUGGUUUCCUUGAGGUAAAUGAUUCUGUACUCCUCCCAAAGUCCACAUCCACUAACGCCAGCAGGGCCGCAACUAAGCCAUGUCAAUUGCCGUCCUUUUUCAU